AUGCAAUUGUCAUCAUUUACUACGACUCUGGCCCUUGCAGCCACCGCAUUAGCAUCACCCGCCUGCAAUAAGCCCAAUCCAAACCCAAAUCCAAGCCCAAGCCCAAACGGCGUGUCUGGUAAAGACACAAAUGGUUCGAUAUUUAUGUUUGGGGACCUAGGAAACUGCCGCAGUGCUUUUAGGGACCAUGGAGCAUGCGGCUUGAGCACCUACUUCAAGGACAUUGACCCUGAUAAAUUAUCUUUGGUUGCGCUACCCUCGGGCAUCUUCGAUCCGCACGGCCAGGCGCAGAACAAUAAGCUUUGCGGCAAGGUUAUUACAAUGACGUACAAUGGGGUUUCUAAGCAGGCGGUGGUUGCGGACGAGAACAAGAGCAGUGAACAGUCUAUCGAUAUGUGUUUGGAUAUGUGGGAGGCGUUUGGGGGUCGUGAUGGAGACGGCACGCUUCUCAAGGGUAUCGAAUGGUCAAUUGCUGCUUAA